GCUACAACAGCUGACUAAUUAAGCAAAGCGACUGAUGCACUGCCAUUAUUUAGCAUUGCCUAGAUGAGUGGGCAAGCCAAUUUUCACACAAGCUAUUCGAAAAACACUGGGAACUAUGAGUUUUCAUUACGCGGAAUCGGAAUCGUCGCAGUCAGAGAGCAAAAUGGACAUCUCCGAGACGCCCACGGACUCGACGGGCAUCUCCCCGCUGGCCGAUGAGUGUACGCAGGACACUGCGCCCCAGGUGAAAACCAUUCUGGAGGAAGAAAAAGACACCAACACGAGCGCUACCCUGGACAAUAGAAUAAUGCGACCGGAGCUGCUGUCCAUCGAAACGAUGCCACAACGACAAAUCAUUGAACGCACGCUGGCCAACAGCCACCCGCUGAUGUCACCGACGAACACAGACUCGGACUCCGAGCCGUUUCAGACCAAGCGGAACAACUUUCCCGACGUAGUACCCGCCACCGAGGCGGCCGUGCAGGCGAAGAACACACUGAACCAACAAGCCCCCCGCAACAAGCCGCAGGAUGCCAAAGUCAGUCUUCUGAGGACCAAUAGCCCCGACAUCCUCAGCAGCGAAUCGGAUGCGGAUGUUUCGCAGUACCUUGCUGCUGUGGAGUCCAAUUUUCAAUCCGUUUCCCUGCUGCCCAACUCCAAUGGCAAGAAGACGAAGCGCGGCAGCACUCUGCCUGGUGGCGAGGACAUCUCAAGCCUGGAUUCUAUCUCAAACCAUAGCUUCGAUGAUGAUGAGGAUAUCGAACACAAUCUGGCGUCGCUGAGUCCCUCGAGCUCGCUCAUCGACGGCCUGGAUGGGGAGGACGAUGACGAUGAGUGCGAAGGUCCUGAACUACUGCCCGACAAUGACGAUGAUCUGGACCUGGAUUUUGGUCUGGCCACAACGCCCACGCCACACACUCCGGCUGCGGCGACCCUACCACAGUAUUCGGCUGCCGAAGAGCGGCGCGAUUCACGGAAUUGGCAGAAGAUCACACUACCAGAUGGACGCACGCGGGAGAUCGACAUGCGGGUCAUCGAGCCCUACAAGCGUGUGCUGUCACAUGGCGGCUAUCUGAAGUCUGGCGGUCAGAAUGCAAUAGUCAUCUUCUGCGCCUGUCACUUGCCGGAUCGAUCGCGGGCCGACUACAGCUAUGUGAUGGACAAUCUGUUCCUCUAUGUGGUUAAGACCUUAGAGCAACUGGUGACAGAUGAUUAUGUCUUAAUCUACUUGCAUGGCGGCUCUAAUAGGCGCAAUGUGCCGCCCUUUCCAUGGCUGAAGCGAUGCUAUCAACUGCUGGAUAGACGCUUGCGCAAGAGUCUGAAACACAUGUAUUUGGUGCACCCAACCUUUUGGAUCAAGUCAUUGGUGUGGAUGGCACGUCCGUUUGUCAGCACAAAGUUCUGGCGCAAACUGAUUUAUGUAAAAUCUCUGGAGGAGCUGGGUCUGCAUGUGGCUGUGGAGAAGGCAGCCAUUCCGGAGAAGGUGAAGCAGUACGAUGCCAAGCGACAUUGAGAAUCUGCAAAUACUCUCUAGACUUGUUUCAUUCAAACGCAAAACACUCGCCAUUUGUGUUUCAGCAUUCCCCAUCUUCAUCCACUAAUCGAUUAUUUGAGCUAUCCCUCUCUCCCUCUCGCUAUGCUUUAAUUUAAGAUCUCAAUCUUUGUGAUACUUUGUGUUUGCCUUCUACCAGACGUAGCUCUCAUAUCCUACUUCCCCUGCGCGAGUGUGAAGCAAGAGGAAGCGUUUUAGCAAAACAUCGAACAAGUUUUUGUAGUUCUUUAUUGGCAGCCGUACAAUUGUAUUAGUAGACACAUGCAUAUGCACACGCGACAUGUGCUAGGAUUCCUAUACGCAUACAUAUAGAUAUCAUAGUAAUUAUCAUGUAGCUUCCGCUUCAUACAAUACAAUAUUCAUAUAUUUUGUAAUGGGAAAACAGACAUCAUAAGCAACCAGAAACCACCAAAACUUCCGAACAUGUUACCUUUUUUGUGUAGUUGCAAACAAAAAAACGAACAAAACGAGACGACACGGGAAAACUGAAUUUAAACAUAAGUAAUUGAAAAUCUUUAGCUGAAUUUUGCAUUCACUGCAUAUUGUAUAUUCCCCGAGCUGUUUCGCCACCGCACGACCUAAGACCACUGAGACCCCAUGCCAGUAAAUCGUAGGUUGCACCAUACACAUACACACACAUAAUCGUAAUACUCGUACUCGUAUCCACCAUCUGUAGGAAGCCCCGUUUAGUCUAUAAGUGAUACAAUACAUAUAUAGUGACCAUUCUUGAAGAACGUUUGAUAUUUGUAAAGUCUACACACGCGGAACACAUGUAGAAUCUCUCUCUCUCUAUAGAUGGAUGAUAAUCUGACGUACAAUUUAGGCAAUAUAACCGAUUGAUAUUACGGUCGACAUUUUGUUGGUUUCCUUUAAUUGCUUCAAACAAUAAUAAUAAUAAUAAAGUGCAA